CGAGGACAAUUCGUUCCCCUAGAAGAAAGCAAGAAAACCACCCCAUACAUGAUGAUUCCUCUUUCCAGCUAAUCAUUGAGACAGAAAAUAUCUGGUGACAUGCCAUCUGUACUUGCCCCGCGCUAAUUCCAGCCUUCUGCAUUUCAGUUACAUCUCUUCUGGUUCUGAAGAGUGGACGGACGGACGGAGAACUCACGCUGCUUCAUAUCCUAGCGCGCGCAGAAAGGGAAUGCGGUGAGAAAGAUGAUGCUCUUCAAUGGCUUGAUUCAGCGGAGGCUUUCUACUCUCUUGCGGCCAUGGCUGGUGGACGAACCGGAGCUCGAAGUAAAGCUAGGGUUUCUUCGUUCCCACGCAAUCGCCAAAAAUCUCUGUUUCAACACUGCUGCUCUGAACCACUUGCUAGAAGAUGCUUCUGGCGUGUGCUUCAAGGAAGUAGUCAUUGAUCAGUUUGGCUGUUAUGUAUCCAACUGGUCUGCCCCUGCCUUCAAUUUCGAAAUACACGGCCUUCACAUUACUCUAGCACUGGGUGAAAAGGAGGGAAGUUCGGGACGCGCUCCAAAACCAAAAGACACGUCUAUUGAUCAGAAAAUGAAGCUCCUAGUGGAGCUCGAUCCACAGGGUAGUUCUUUGCAUGCUAUGAUGAAAAGGAUCGCAGAAAUUACAGCUCUUGGAUGGACAACUUCUCUGUUUGAUCACAUAUUACAGCAUUGCCAGUUUCAAUUCCAUGACGUUCAACUGACUUUGCAGUCAUCUCUUCCAAAUGAUUUUGUUUCCUUCUCUUUUCAAAUGAAGAAACUUGGCGUGGGAUGCCAAUCUGUUCGGUUUUGUUUCAUCAGUGGGGUCAUCAGUUCAGUUUUUUUGCCCUCUAGAGAAAGCUACUUUGAUAUUGACGUUCAAAAUUUCGAGACUAUAUUGAAGACCGAGUAUCACAUGAGCAAUAUUGUUCCGUCAACGAACCUACAUGCCUCAGUUAAAUCAAAAAGUCUUUAUUGUCUAGACUUCUAUGUUAAUGUUGAAGCCCUGAAACUUUACCUAUCUCCGUUUCAUGUUUCCACAAUACUUCUACUUUUCGUUUUGCUAUCGAAAGAGGCCAAGUGUGUUAGAAGUGGUAGGCAACUGUGGAAAAUAGCAGCAGAGAAAGUUAGAUCCUUAACUUCAAUGCACAAGUUUUUAUUGCAUAAGUUUGUCUACAUAAUAUGUAUCUGGGUUCAAUAUAUGCACACCUAUGAGAAAAUGCUAUUCUUGGUUGGGUACCCAUCAGAAGAUGCAAUAAGAAGAUCAGCUGGGUUUAUGAUUAGGGGUAAAGCAUACUCCAUAGCUGUUAAGCAGCACUGGAAGAAAAUUUGCCAAAUUGAGGAAGACCUGCCCAGUGCGGCCAUUACACUGGCAAGACAAAUAAUACGCAACAGAGCUGCUUCAGGUGCCCAAAGGAGAAAACAAUUAUUCCAUCAGUCAAAAGUGGGGUCAUUUUCCUUAGUUUGCAAACCACUCCUCUUUGUUGGGAAGUACAUUUGUAGCAUUUUUCACAUAAUUAAAGGUCUUUUCUUUCAAAAUACCGCUGGUAAAUGUUCAAAUUCCAAUGAAAAACUUGGACAUGUUCCAGAUAGCUCUUUUCUAUGUCACUACAUUGGCCUAGAUGUGGGAGAUUUUUUAGUUUCCAUGUCCCCAGAAGUUGAAGUUCACCCUUCUGUCAGUGGGAAGAUGCUCUCUGAUAUUGGGCUCGCAUACCAUGAGUUACUUUCAUUUUCUCUUUCUAUUGAUGUACUCUGCUUUAGAUAUUCUGAAAAUAUUACCCAACAAUGUUUUUCUUUUGGCUGUCAAUCCUUGAAUGUGGUUCCUUUAUCUCUCAUGGAAAGCAGUUAUAGAAAUUCUGCCAAAUACUUGAAUGGAUCUCAGAAAACGAAGGCUCAUAACUUGUCCCCUGUUUUAUGGAGCGAGCCUGCAGCAAUUGUACACCCUGUGGAAAUUGAUGACUAUCAUGCUAAUAAGACUGGUGUCCCUUGUCUUUCUUUUAUAGACUUUAUGAUAGGAGAAAUGCUCUUGAAGUGGAGAAAAUGUUCAAAAGAUGGAGCUAAUGAAAUCCAGGAUUUUGAAAACCCAUUCAUUCUUUGUGAGACAAAAAGUUUUUUGAUUGAUCAAAGCCAGAAGAAUAUUAUAGCUGGGUCUUUAAGUUGUGGUAUGGUGGUUGGAAGGUUGAACUUAGUUAUCGAACAUGCAUCAGUUGUAUCUAUUACUGUAAUUUCUACACAGAUUAAGAGUGCCCUUUCAUGGACUCAGUGUAACAUGAAAAAAGAUGCGGUGUUGCAUGCUUCAGCAUCCCUAAGUGACCAACCCUCUAUAGACUGGAGUAGCAAAUACAACUCACUUUCAAAUGGAAUGGCAAUAGCAGCUAAUAAGUUGCUUCCGCAAAAGCAUAUUCGAAUGGGAAUAAGAGUUGCUGGUCCUCACAUUCAGAUUUCAUUAAAAAAGGUGGAGCUUCAUGGCAAGAUAACAGAUCAACAUCAUUCAACGAGGAACAAUAUGACCCACCUUCGAAUCGAAGCUGACAAUGUGGAACUUGCGGUUUUACCGAAUCUGGAAUCUGAUUUCAAUUUCUCAAGUGAAUCCAUGAAAAUUGCUGAUGCAAAAGCAAAGAUCACUACCCUUCAUCAGGGUGACAUUCCCAAGUUAAAUGGUGAAACAUUGAGCUCCCAAGGAUGUAUCUCAAUCGACGCACACCUAAAAUUUGAUGGGGUGAAAGUUUAUCUUGAUGUAACAGAUAACCCACAUCGCCCUGUUAUUCUGCUAACUCCUGUUACAUUCACGUUAUUAUCUUCAAGGAAGGAUGUGCACUCAUUGGGUUCAACAGUGGCUGUUUGGUUUAUUUCCUUAAUUUGGACAGCUGGUGGGCUGGCUGUGGUAUUAUUUUUGGAUGAAAUGGAUGUUUUGGUAAAGGCAGCCCAUGGUUUGUCUCGUACAAUGUUACAUGUAUCCGAUUUGCCGGGUUUAGCUACCUGCCUUAAUCAUCAAAAGAAUUCACACCAAGAAGUGUCUUCAAAUCUUGGAAACCAUGGAGUAGUGAUGACUAGAGGUGGAAUGUUUUUUAGUAGUCUUGUCAUUCUUGAGAAUAUCUGUGAGUUGAAAUCAGUUGAAAUCAUCCUUCACCAUUCCAUGAAGCGGUGUAGUGCAGGUUCAGAUAGGAUGAAUGCUCACAAAGAUACCAACCAGAAGCUUGAUAGUGAAGCCUUGUUAGACUAUGGAAUCCACAUAUCUGUUCAUCAGAUUGAUAUGUUGUUUUCAUUUGAAACAGAAAAGGUGGAUAUUUGCAUCAAACUAUCUGGGUUUCAAUCUGAUAUUCUGGAACAAAUAAAUGAGAUUGCUGAUGUUUCUGAUCGAUUAGAACUUACAAAUGUUAUCCAAUCAUUCCAUCAGUUAUAUGGAGCAUCAUGUUCAAAUUGUAAAUUUGAAAUAUGCUGGAAAGCCAUACCACUCCCCAGUUUGAAAAAUUCAACUGAUGUUUCUACAUCUGGCAGUGCAACUUUGCAUAUUUCUGAAGACCCCCCCUCGGCGGCGAAAGCUGAUGAGCAUUCUUUUGAUUGUUUACACAUGAACAUUGUUCUUGCUGAAGUUUAUUUAGCUGGAUGCCCUGUAAAAAAAUUGUUAGUUCAACCCCACAAAUCAAAUAAACUUGAAGGAUCUCUUUCUGUGGGUGGAGAAUUUCAUAAUAUCUCUUGCCAGACUCAGGGAGGUUAUGUUGUGAUUGAAUCAGCAGCACUUAUAAUGUUUGUUCAAUGCUUUGCACUAUACUGUUGCCGGUUCAGUGAGCUUUGGCCUGCUGCAACAUCAUCCAGAGAAAAAGAUGCUGGAAAUGCGGAAGCUAUGAGAAAUUUACCAAACCAAGAAUUGCAGAACCAGCAAUUAAUUAAUUGGAACCAAUUGAAGGCGCUGAGUAUAAACAUUUCGCAACUUUCUCUGGCAUUCCUGGGCAGAGAUGAAUCCGGUAGACUUCAGGAACUCCUGCUUGUGGCUACCAGUCAUUUUAACCUCGAAGAACCUAUGAAGUUUUCAUUUAGUAUUUCAAAAUUUUCAAUUCUUUCAUGCUCUGUUGACAUAGGCACGGAACAGAAAAUCAGAGACACCAACAUUCUCUCCUCUUCUUCUCCUUUGAUGUCAAACAAGAGACACAGUGGUCCUUCAGUUUCCUCUUUAAAGUCUCAGACUAAGAUUCACUCUGAUGAUGCAAGUAGCUCAGGCUCUCAUGUUCUUCAAAAGGAAAUUAUUGCUGAUGAUUCAGGAAAAUCUUGUGUGAAUGAUGUUGUAUCACAAAACUUGCUUGCGUCUCCUCAAAACUAUAUUAUGCGAGACUUCUCAGCCUCUAUAGUGGUUCAGCGGCGUGUGAUGAGAAAUUGGAUAGAUUCUCAGCAGUUGAAAUAUUUUUGGGUUGGCCAUGGUUCUCUUUCAGGUUUUGACAUGACCAUCUCUCUGCCUGAAAUACAGAUGAUACUGCUUGCUGGUGAGUCAUUUUCUGGGCUUUAUAGCAAUGAUAUUAGUAGAGAUGUGCAACAAAGGAACUUGACCAGUAGUCAGGAGUUUGCUGGAAAGAUGGAUCACAUGGUUCCUGAUGGAACUAUUGUUGCCAUUGAAGAUGUCUAUCAACAUAUGUUUAUUGCAGUUGAUAGUGCUGAAAAUAGUUAUAGUGUAGUUGGUGAUAUACACUAUUCACUUGCAGGCGAGAGGGCUCUCUUCAGGGAGGUGGAGGCCACAAAUUCCUUAUUUCUCAUUGAUUUCGCUGUAUGCUACGGAUGAAUCUGGGGAACCGCUGCGCUUAAGCUGCCACUUGAGAUCUGAUUAUGUUGACAUUUCCAGCUCCAAUCGUGGUGCAUGCACACUUUGGUAUGCCAUUCCUUGUGAAUCGAAAGCUUUCGAGGGAGCUGCUGAUUGUGAAAUGUUCCCCUCAACUAAACAUAUGUUUCAACUUGUGAACAAGAAAAAUGGCCGGGCUGCUGCUUUUGUUGAUGGAGUCCUUGAACUGGUCAGCAAGCCUGGAAAUCCAUUCAAGUGGAAAGUACUUCCGAAUCAUCUUCCACCUGUUAAUAAUAAUUUGCCUAGUAGCCAAUUAGGGGAGGUAUCUCAGACUGGUAGUCAGUGUGAUUUACAUUUAGAAGAUAUAGCAAAUCCUGGAAAAAAUGAAAAUAGUUAUGGUAUAACCAUUACAGUGGACAAUAUUUCAUGGACCAUUGUGCAUGAACUUUCACAUACCAAGGAAAAGUUUCCACUCCUUCACGGAUCUGUUAGUUCGACUGAAACCGUUGUUCAGAUUUCAAACAUUAAAGUUCGGGUUAUAAGCAGGUUGCAAGCUAUACUACAUUUUUUUGAUGCCAAGAAAAACAUAUGGAGAGAACUUAUGCAUCCACUUGAAGUUGUCCUUUUCUAUCGUUAUAGACUCCACUCCGAGGACUUAGGAAAUGUUCCACAUCAGAUGCCUGGUCAUUUCUAUAUAAGAACUGGAUUGUUAAAUUUUACAAUGAGUGAACUUUCACUCGAUAUCAUACUCUUUAUCAUUGGACAUUUGAAUUUGGCUGGACCUUACACAGUGAGAAGCUCCAAUAUUUUGGCGAACUGCUGCAAGAUCGAAAACAAGUCAUGCUUGACGCUCGUCUGUAACUUUUAUGAUAAUCAAGAUGUUUCAGUUGCUGGAAGACAGUCUAAUAUCAUGUUUUUAAGGCAUUUGGCUUCAACAAAUCAAACCCCAGACGCAUCUAUUUUUUCAAUCCAACUUACAGAGACGAGGAUCCUUUCUACUUCUUUGAUUCGUCUCUCUCUCUUGGAAGCCCAAACAUUCUCUUGCAGAACACGUAUAGAAUCAUCAAAAGAAUCAAAAACCUUCCCUGGUCCAUGUCUCGUGGUCGAAAUUUCACCUAUGACUGAGGAUGGCUUGUCAGUUGUGAUAUCUCCAUUGCUUCAAGUUCACAAUCAAACUGAUUUCCCUUUGGAGCUGCGUUUUCAACGUGGUCAACAAAAAGAAACUGAGUAUGCUUCUGUUCUUCUGAAUGCUGGGGAUACAAUUGAUGAUUCCAUGGCCACAUUUGAUGCCAUUAAUCUCUCUGGUGAACAAAGAAAGGCUUUAAUGUCACUAAGUAUUGGUAAGGUUGUGUUGAAAUAUAACACAUAAACUAAGAAAUAAUAUUGGAGAGGAAAGGAUUUUCUGUAUAUUUCAUUGAAGGGUAAGGCCCUAUAAAUAUAGAUUACAAAGAUAGAAUAUUCCUAUACAAGAUGCUAUACAAUAAUACUAUAUAUGGUAUAUUCCUAAUAUAUUCUAAAGCAUAUUCUAAAGUAUAUUUUAAUAUACUUUCACACUCCCCCUCAAGUUGGAGCAUAGAUAUUUAUCAUGCCCAACUUGUUACAUAAAUAACCAACUCGAAUUCCAUUUAGUGCUUUAGUGAACAGAUCUCCAAGUUGUUCCGCAGUCUUCACAUAUCCUGUAGAGAUCAAUCCUUUUUGUAUCUUCUCUCGAAUAAAAUGACAAUCGACCUCAAUAUGUUUUGUUCUCUCAUGAAAUACAGGAUUGUUUGCUAUGUGUAUAGCAGCUUGGUUAUCACACCACAAUUUAGCAGGCAUUGAUGUCUUCAGUCCGAGCUCGGUCAAUAAAUGGCUUAUCCAUAUGAUCUCACAUGCAGAUUGUGCCAUAGCUCGAUAUUCUGAUUCGGCACUCGAACGAGAAACCACAUUCUGCUUCUUACUCUUCCAAGAUACAAGAUUACCACCAACAAAGAUACAAUAACCAGAUGUAGAUCUUCGAUCAUCUUUAGAACCGGCCCAAUCAGCAUCUGCAAAACAUUCUAUUCUCAUGUGAUCAUGGUUUUGAUAAACAAUACCUCGUCCUGGUGCACCCUUUAAGUAACAUAAUAUGUGUUCUACUGCAGCCCAAUGAUCAAUGGUUGGAGAUGACAUGUAUUGACUCACUACACUCACAGAAUAGGCAAUAUCUGGACGAGUGACUGCGAGAUAAUUAAGCUUUCCAACCAGUCUUCUAUAUCUUUCUGGGUCUUCAAACGGUGUGCCUUCUUGAGUGAGUUGCACGUUGGGAACCAUCGGUGUUGUACUUGGUUUUGCCCCUAAUUUACCUGUCUCAGCUAGUAAGUCAAGUACAUAUUUACGUUGAGAUAGAAAUAUGCCUUUCUUACUUCGUGUUACCUCAAUUCCCAGAAAGUAUUUCAAAGAGCCGAGAUCCUUCGUCUGGAAUUGACUAUGCAGAAAAUUCUUAAGGGCCAAAAUACCUGCAUUAUCACUCCCUGUAAUCACAAUAUCAUCAACAUACACCACAAGCAACGUGACACCUGAUUCUGUUUGUUUGUAAAAGACAGAGUGAUCUGAUUUGCCUUUUAUCAUUCCAAAUUGUUCAAUUGAUUGACUGAAUUUCCCAAACCAUGCACGAGGACUCUGUUUCAGACCAUAAAGAGAUUUGCGAAGUCGACAAACUUUACCAUACUCCCCCUGAGCAACAAAUCCCGGAGGUUGCUCAAUAUAGACUUCUUCCUUAAGGUCACCAUGCAAAAAUGCAUUUUUAAUGUCCAACUGAUGUAAGUGCCAAUCAUGAGUUGCAGCGAGUGAAAUAAGUAACCUGACAGAUGUUAAUUUAGCAACAGGAGAAAAAGUGUCAGAAUAAUCAACACCAUAGGUUUGAGCAUAACCCUUCGCAACUAAUCGGGCUUUCAACCGAGCAACAGAUCCGUCUGGGUUAACCUUAAUAGCAAAGACCCACUUACAUCCAAUAGAUUUCUUCCCUGUAGGCAAGUCAACCAAAUCCCAAGUACCAUUAAGAUCUAAAGCAUUCAUUUCCUCUACCAUGGCAUGACGCCAUUCAGGAUGAGACAAAGCUUCUUUUACAGAUUUGGGAACAGAAAUAGAAUCAAUGGAAGCAAUAAAAGAACAUGAAGCAGGAGAUAACUGAUUGUACGACACAAAUGAAGAAAUAGGAUGAGUACAAGACCGUGUACCUUUACGUAGUGCGAUUGGGAGGUCAAGAUCUGAUGUGGAGACAAGAUCUGAGGAUGCAGGUACUGGUUCAGGACAUGAGAUCGGAGUCGAACUAGUAUCAGGAUAAGUAAUCACAGGUAUCGCCGGUGGAGGGUGAUCAGGUGCUUUGUGUCGACGGGUGUAUACCAAAUGUACGGGAGGCCUAGGGUCAGGAACAGUAACUUGUGGAAUAUUUGUCGAAAGUGUGGACUCGGGAAUAGUCAUCGUGUAAAUGAGUAUAUUAUCAUUGCUCUCAUGAAUAUCUGCCUUAGAUGAUGAAAAAGGUGUAUUUUCAUGAAAUGAUGCAUCAAUAGAAACAAGAUACCGACCAGUACUCGGACAAAAACAUCUAUACCCCUUUUGGACUCGAGAAUAUCCCAAGAAAAUACAUUUUAAUGAUUUGGGAUCUAACUUUGUAAGAUGAGGAUUAACAUCUCUAACAAAACAAGUGCAACCAAAUAUUUUAGGUGGGAUAGGAAAAAGCUCUUUGUUUGGAAAUAGACAAUGAUAAGGAGCUUUACCAUUCAAAACAGAAGAUGGCAUUCGAUUUAUCAAAAAACAUGCAGUAGACACGGCAUCUGCCCAAAACUGUUUAGGCACAUUCAUUUGGAAUAGAAGAGCCCUUGCAGUUUCUAACAGAUGUCGGUUCUUUCGUUCUGCAACUCCAUUUUGAGGAGGUGUGUCAACGCAUGAAGUUUGAUGAAUAAUGCCAUGUUGUAGCAUAAAUGACUUAAAUGUAGCAGAUAGAUAUUCUUGGGCAUUGUCUCCUCUUAACACCCGAACAGGAACGUUAAACUGAGUUUUAAUUUCAGCAUAAAAGGAAGAAAAAUGAGUGAACAACUCAGAUCGACGUUUCAUGAAAUACAACCAUGUCAUACGAGAAUAGUCAUCAACAAAGGUAACAAAAUAUUUAAAACCAGCUUUAGACACAACCGGGCAAGCACCCCAAACAUCAGAGUGAACAAGGUCAAAUGGAGCAUUUGCUCGUUUAUUAACUCGAGGGCUCAAGCUAGUACGAUGGUGUUUCGCAAAUUGACAUGACUCACAUUGUAAAGAGGUCAUCUUAUUAAAUUGGGGAUUUAUUUGCUUCAUUAAUGGGAGAGAUGGAUGUCCUAAUCGGUAAUGAGCAUCUAACAAAGUCCCAACCCCAAGACAAGAGAUACCUUUUGUGAUUGAUGUAUCCAAAAUAUAAAGACCAGCUGACUCAUGUCCUUUACCAAUAGUCUGCUUCGUUAACAGAUCCUGAAACACACAAUAUCCAGGAAAAAAUGUUACAGAACAAUUAAGAGUACGCGUGAUUUUACUGAUGGAAAGCAGAUUAAAUGCAAAAUUAGGAAGACUCAAAACAGGCGAUAAUGGUAAUGUAGAAGUUGGAACAACAGUACCAGAUCCAAGAACGGGUGAGGUAGAUCCAUCAGCUAAAGUGGCACUAGAAGUAGGUAAAUAUGAAUGGAAUGACGAAAAUAGACUAGGAUUACCGGUCAUAUGAUCUGUGGCACCUGAGUCAAUGACCCAUUUCGAGGAUGACGAAACAAGACAUGUGUUUGAAAUACCUGAAUUCGCGGCUACCGAGAUAGGGACGGAUGAAUGCUUUAGAGAUUCUUGGUAGCAAAUAAAUUUGGCAUAUUCAUCCGAAGAAAUAGCAACUGAUCCAUCAGAUGAGGUGGUAGCGGAAGCAACAUGAGCAAUCAAAUUUCCUUGAUUUUUGAAUGCCAACUUUCUACAAUCUUUGAGCAAGUGUCCGGACUUCUUGCAGUAAUUGCAAAUUACUCCUCUGUCAAAUUGACCUGUACGAAACAUUUUUUUUUCUUUUUGUUCUUUUUUUUUUUUUUUUUUGUAUUUUUUUUUUGUAUUUUUUUUUUUUUUUUAAAAAAAUAAAAUCAAAUCUGAGUUUGCGUUGACUUUUACGCAACAAAGCUAUCGAGGCAGGAACAAUUCAGUCGAUGCCAGCGACCCAGCGACCCUUAACAGCUGUGCUGAUGAUGUGAAUAAUCCGCCCCAGAUCCAGCGACAACGAAACUUCAGUCGAUGCCACCCAGCGAACAAUUCAGUCGAUGCCAGCGACCAACACCAACGCAAAACUUCGUCCCACAAAUAUUCCGCCCCUUUCUGAAGAAGGAAUGAGAGAGAAGUAAGGUCUACCUGGUGGUACUGGUGGUAGAGGAUCUCAGGCGAGUCUCAGGAAAAAUUCCGAUCAAAUCUCCGGCCAGCAACUACAGCUACGCGUCGGCGCGUGCGGCGGCGCGUGCGACGGCGGUGAGCACCUCCGGAGGCGAGUAUGACUCACGGCCGUUGAUUUGGAACUGCGGACUUUGAACACCUGGGCGUAGAUGGCGGGCGCACCAGAAUAGAGGUAAUUUCUUACUCUCUUUUAGACCAAGCAUCAUAGAUGAGAUAACAAACAUUAAGGUUUCAACAGUCCACUGGUCAAGUGAUCUCAAAGGGAGGAAGCCUGUCCAUCUAUCAGGAUUAUUUGAUAAAUUAAGCUACCAAGUCCGGAAGGCAUUUUCUGUUAAAUCACUGAAAUAUUCCUUCAGUACUGCAUAUUGUGAUAUACAGCUGGAAGAUGGGCGUGCUGCUAAGAUACACUUCCUGAUUCACAGCAUUGGGAAGGAUGUACCUCUUACACACCCAGAUACCUUUGGAUAUGUACAUGUCGAUAAGAGUUCUUCAAUUUCAUUGCAAGAGCAGAAAGAAAUCUUUCUUAUUCCCACUGUUUGUGUCUCCAACUUAUUACAAACCGAGAUUCACGUGGCUUUGAACGAGAAAGAUCCUCAUUCAACUGCGGGCAGUGACAGUAUAUGGAACACUGCGACUAUUACCUCAGGAUCCUGUGUCAACUUAUAUGCUGACCCUGCGUUUAAAUAUUUUGCUGUCACUUUGACUGCUUUUGGUUCAAGUUGCAAACCGAUUGAUAGUGCUGACUGGGUGAAAAGGUUACAGAAACAAAAAAGAAGUCUCCCACAUCUAGACAUUGAAUUAGACUUUUGCAAUGGAAAGUAUUUUGCAUUGCUUAGACUCUCUCGGGGACACCUGGGAAAACUAGAGGCUGCUAUCUUUACUUCAUAUACUUUGGAAAAUGAUAUGGCUUUUCCUUUGUUUUGCUUCCCAGCAAAUCAGAAGCCUAUGUCUAGGGAUGUUGUCCAAAAACAUGGUUCCGUAUUUCCUCCAGAGCUAGGUUCAUAUCUUCCUCCUAAAUCUAGGAGGUCCUUGUUUUUGAAAUGCCACAAGGUGCGUUUCACAAUGACAGAUCAAAACACAUCUGAUGCACUACUGGACUUGGAUGCUUUGUCAGGCCUUACAGAGGUGGACCUUGAACUAGACGGGAAAUCUGGGCUUAAGCAUAUAAUAAAGUUGGGAGUAUCUUUAAGGCCAUAUACUAGUAAAGGACUCCCUUCUCAAAUGGUACUGGUGAACCCACGAUAUGUCGUAGUGAAUGAAUCGAAUGAGGUUAUCUAUGUCCGUCAAUGUUAUUUGGAGGAAGAUGGCAUGGAAACGAUCAUUACUCUCAACAGUAAACAAAGAGAGGCCAUAACGUUGAGAAGAGGGGUACAUAAAAAGAGAGAAACUACUGUUUUUGAGAAUUUUCUCAAAAAACACCAAAAGCCUGAAGAUGAUUUGUCAUUUAUUCAGUUCCGACUGAAUGAACCUGGAUUAAGUUGGUCAGGACCAGUAUGCAUUGCUUCACUUGGUCGAUUUUUCCUUAAGUUCAGAAGAUCUUUGGAAUCUCUGGCCAGUCAAUCAGAUCAUUCAACAUCUUAUGACUCCAAUAUACAUGAAUUUGCUUCUGUUUAUGUUGUUGAAGAAGGUUCUAGCCUUGUUUUACACUUUUACCAGCAUCCAAAUUUAGACCCGCCUUACAGGAUUGAGAACUGCUUGCAUGACACUGCUAUUACAUAUUACCAAAAGGGUUCACUGGUGCAGGAGAUUCUGGGAUCUGGAAGUAGCAUUAGUUACGUAUGGGAUGACUUGACUCUUCCUCAUAAGCUAAUUAUCCAAAUUGGUGAUGUGCACCUAUUGCGUGAAAUAAGCUUAGAUAAGGUGCGUGAAUGGAAAAAAGUUUACAGGACCAAGCAACAGAGAGGAUUUGGGUUCCAUUUACCAUUUGAGAAGCAACCUGAAAAUGAGAGAAGUGGCUAUGGCCAAUCCAGUGGCAGAGAGAUGGUAAAUAUAGGUUAUGAAGUGUAUACAGAUGGACUGACUCGUGUCUUGAAAAUUUCUGAGUUUGCUGAUAGACGCAGAGGGGAUACUUUAUUCAAUUCUAGAACAAAGAUGCAGCUAAUAGUGUCAAAUUUGGCAAUUCAGUUACUUGAGUGUGCAAGACAGGAAAUGAGUGAAGUUAACAAGGAUGAACCAUCAAUCUACACUCCUAUUCUUGUUGUGAGACUUGAAAGCAUCAGUUUGAAUUCCGUGUUUACUGACCAUCACAUGUUUAACCAGAUAAGGAUACAGGCUUUAAGUGUGGAUCAGAAGUGGCAUGGAGCUCCUUUUGCAGCCAUGCUUCGUAGGAACCAGUUAGAAGAUUGCAACAAGACUGACAGUGUACUCCAAGUAGAACUUGUUCUAGUUUCAUCCAAUUCCAAAGUUAAACAAGUCAAGUACUUAUCAAUUUGUCUGCAGCCACUUGAUUUCAAACUUGAUGAGGAGACACUAAUGAAGAUUGCCCCUUUCUGGAGAUCUUCUCUUAGCGAUUCAAAUACUCCAAGUCGACAGUAUUAUUUUGAUCAUUUUGAGAUUCACCCUAUCAAGAUUGUUGCUAGCUUUCUUCCAGGUGAAGCUUAUACUGGUUACAGCUCUGCCCAGGAGACACUGAGGACCUUAAUUCAUAGCGUGAUAAAGAUGCCUGUUAUUAAAAAUAUGACUGUGGAGCUCAAUGGAGUACUUGUUACACAUGUACUGUUAACUUUGCGUGAAUUAUCAAUUAAAUGCGCACAACACUAUUCUUGGUAUGCAAUGAGAGCAAUUUAUAUUGCAAAAGGGAGCCCAUUGCUUCCACCAGCAUUUGCUUCUAUCUUCGAUGACUUCGCUUCUUCCUCUCUAGAUGUCUUUUUUGAUCCUUCAACCGGUCAUAUCAAUUUUCCUGGAUUUACUAUUGGUACAUUCAAACUCAUCAGAAAGUGCAUCGAUGGUAGAGGGUUUUCUGGAACAAAACGCUAUUUAGGCGAUCUCGGAAAAACUUUGAAAUCAGCUGGGUCAAAUAUCGUGUUUGCUGCUGUCACUGAAGUAUCGGACUCAGUUCUAAAAGGAGCAGAAGCAAGUGGAUUUAAUGGAAUGGUGAUUGGGUUUCACCAAGGAAUACUGAAACUGGCAAUGGAGCCUUCAGUAUUGAGCACUGCUUUUAUUGAAGGGGGUCCUGAUAGAAAAAUUGGACUUGACCGAAGUCCUGGUGUUGAUGAGCUAUACAUUGAAGGUUAUCUGCAAGCCAUGUUAGACACAAUAUACAAACAAGAAUAUCUAAGUGUGAGAGUCUUGGAAACACAGGUCAUCCUCAAGAACCUACCUCCUAACAGUUCUCUAAUAGAUGAAAUUGUGGAGCGUGUAAAGGGGUUUCUUGUGAGCAAGGGAUUGUUGAAGGGAGGUUCUUCAAAAGCUUCUCAUCCUUUACGUCAUAUUAGAGGGGAACGUGAAUGGAGAAUCGGUCCGACAGUGCUGACACUGUGUGAACAUCUAUUCGUGAGUUUUGCAAUCCGGAUGCUGCGGAGACAGGCUAAUAAGGUGAUUAAGGCUAAUGUCAAGUGGAAGGGGAAACCAGAUGACAAGAAGGAAGCAACUAUUGUUAGUGGCCAUGGUAGCGGAGAAGGGAAGAAGGGGGGAAGUUUCAUAUGGAGAUGGGGCAUAGGAAAUUUUGUGCUAUCAGGGAUAGUUGCAUAUAUUGAUGGACGCUUAUGUCGGCGCAUACCUAACCCCAUUGCAAGAAGGAUUGUGAGCGGAUUUCUUCUCAGCUUUCUUGAUAAAAGUGAAAACCACUGAAAGUCCUCUUAAAUAUAUGAGUUACCCAUUCUGUGCUUUCUUCUUCUUUGUAAUUAUUAAGGCAUCAAAGAUUGUGUUUUGUGAACAAUGACUUGUAGCAAAACGAACUGAUGCUUUUGUAAUACGUAAAUAUUGCAUUUUUGAUAGAAAAGAAAAUAACUUUUUGUGUUGUCUGAUACAUAAAGUAACCUUUCCAAAACAGCAGUUUCAGUUAUGUCAUUUAUGGUUCACGCCUUCAAUUUCGAG